GAGGCCAAACAGUGCAUGAGUUCUUAAAGACAAACUUCUUUUACUUUAAAGGAUUCUACUGACCCCUAACUGCAGGGCCAUGAGAUGAAGACAGGCGCCCUCUGGUGGUCAAUAAGCGCUUUGACAGGCGCACUCUGCUGGACACAAACAGAAAACACUCCGCGGUUCCUGCGGCAUUCGGAUCGUUUUUAAGACUCAGUGAGGUUUGAUUCAACUUCAGAGGACUUUUUGUAUUCUUCUGGGUCUUCUGGUUCCAGACUGAGACUGAACGUCAGUCUGGAGGAUUUAUGGCUGGGUUGUGGCUCCGCAGCAGGAAGGGAAACAUUUUCUCUUCUCUUUGAAGUGCUUUGAUUUUACUUUCAUUUCAAAGGUGAAGCUGAAACACAACAGGAGCUGCUGCUCCCAACCGGGUCAAAACCAGGAUCUACUAGAUUAUUCGGGUUUUCCUGUUAUUUUUGAUGGGGGAGACGCUCCCACGGGUACCAGGAGGAGUGCCAGUCCGGACCCUCAGGGUUAAGAUGGUUCUCCUGGGGAGUUCUGGAGUGGGAAAGUCCAGUCUGGCUGUGAGGUUUAGCAAAGAUCAGUUCAGGGACUCGUCGCCUACGGUGGGCUGUGCUUAUUUGACCAGAGUUUUAUAUCUGGAGGACAUCACGCUCCGAUUUGAGAUUUGGGACACAGCGGGACAGGAAAAGUACCACAGUGUGACUCCGCUGUACUACAGAGGAGCCCACGCAGCUCUCGUGGUCUAUGACAUCUGCAAAAAGGAAACGUUUGUCAGAGCUCAGGUGUGGCUCAGGGAGCUGGAGAAACAAUAUAUUCCAGGAUCUACGGUCGUUUGGCUCAUAGGCAACAAGGAAGAUCUGUCUCAGAAUCGAGAAGUUUCACUUCAGGAAGGACAGAAUCUGGCCCAAGAAAAAGGUUUGUCCUUCACAGAGACAUCGGCUUUGUCAGGAGAUCGAGUCAACGAGCUGCUGCUGGCUGUGGGUAAGUCCAGCUCCCAUGAUGCUCCGGUCCAAACUGGGAGGCUUUCAGACAAUCUAAGCCUCUCCAAUGGUGUGCCUCAGGGCUCUGAUUCAGGACCAACAUGUCCUAGAGGGACAAAUUACCUCCGAUGCCUCUCUACGCUGACAACACCCCUGUGUACUGCUAGAUGUUCUGGUCUUUCAUUAUCUGCCCAAGAACAUUCCUAUCACAUUCCAAACUUUCACCAAAGUGGAAAAACCACAGCAGUUGUUGGUGCUUUGCUCAUGAGGGACGGUAUGGAUGGAGGAGAAGCGCAUAUUGAGGUUUUUGGUGAGGAAGGAGCUGCCUCUCCCUGAGGAGACAAAGAUGGCUUGCUGGUCCUCCUCAUCAAAGCUGAGGUGGUUUGGACGUUUGAGCACCUCCUUUUGGAAGUUUUUCGGGCACUGGGAGGAGAUCCUGGGACAAAUUCAGGACUUGCAGGAUGAACUUUCUUCCCUUGGUAUUCCUCAGGAGGACUUGACCUCUGACCUUGGAUAAGCAGUGAAGGUUGCACACUAACAUGGAUGACAUUGCAUUAAAUGCAUUUCAAAUGUUAUUAAUUACAAAGGUUGUCCACUAGAUGGCAGCAGACACCACCGUGAUGCUGAUGGUCCUCAGACUGAACCCAAGUGUUAACCAUUUAAAGGCCUUUCUUUCAUGAACACAUGAAUUAAAAUCACUUUUCUAAUCCAGGCUCUCUGAUCCUUCCCUUCAGCCCACGGGGUCUACGAGAGCGUCGGCGAGCAGGAAGAUGGGCUGUCAGAGUGGCACGAGAUGCCGCUGGUGGAUCCACGGCACAGAAAAUCCUUCAACCCGUUUGCCUCCUGCUGCAGAGUUGGACCCUGAUGGGUUUAGACGGGCUUUCAAAAGAAGAUGAAUCUAAAUCAGUUCAAAGCUGAAAACAUGAAGGAACUCUUUUGGGUUUGGAUUCCUGUCAGAUUUAUUCUGUUUUUAAUCUGGAGCUGCGCCAUCAUCAUAAUAAAUACAAUAAUCAGAUUUAUUCUCAUGCAA